AUACUUUUUUUUUUGUUGUUGACGUGUCGAGUACUAGUCUCACAGAAGUCUUAUUACAACAUGUCUAGACGUAGAAGUCACUGAGGCCUGAGUUCAAGGCUUGCUUAUAAAACUCAGUUUUGUUUCUAUUUGACUGAGACAUCUUCUAAAUAGCAUUACCUCACUUUUGUUUUACGAUUGUGUGAUAACAAAGAAAGUCUCAGACUUCGUAUUGUGCAAGUCAACCUUAAACUUGGUGGUUCUUCUCGUGGCUCUCAAUAGAUCAAGAGGCCAUAACUCCAACAAAAAGUUUGACUCUUCUAAUCAGAGAUACUUAACGAGAUACAUUCCAAAGGAUAAAUUCUUAUUUUUUAACGGAUAACCAAGUGCUGAUUGCAUUAGUUCUAUUUUAAAUGUAAGUGUGAACUUAUAGCUGGUAAUAUCAAUUAGUAUUGCACAAGAGAGCUGAGUAUCAACUACACGUAUUUUAAGUUAUCUACACUAGACUAGAUCAAGAACAAGAUCAUUUAAUUAAGUUUACAAAUUGAAGAAAAAUGCCAUCUAUCAGAUUUACGAGAUCAACUUCAAGAUUUAUAUUUUGUACCCAUUUGUUGUUUUUACUUGUUUUUGUCAACAUGAUGAAAAACUGCUUCAGCACAAAAUAUCUGUUAACUGUUCCUAAAGAGCCAACUUAUGACACAGACCUAACAGUUACUAUAACAGCUUUAACUAAACCAGAAGUACCUGAAAAUAUUACUUUAGAGUUCAGAGGAUUGAAAGAUAAAAGCAAAGUUUUAAACAGCACACAGAUAAAUUUUAGCGAAGAUGAAACCAAAAAUUGGACAGUUGUUUUUCCUUGGGAACGUAUGCUAGGGCUGGAUGAGACUGGAGUCUUACUUAAAAUGAGAACUACAAAUGAGAUGGAGAAUGUAGUGGAAAAGGAUUUAUCUUUAAAGUUUCGUAAUACAUCAGGAUAUAUUUUUAUCCAGACAGAUAAACCCAUUUACACCCCAAGACAAACAGUGAAGUUCAGGAUAAUUGCUUUAGAUGAGUACCAAAGGCUUACAAAGUAUCCAAUCAAAGUUGACAUUAAAAACCCACAGGGUGUGAUUCUGGAAAGGAUGAGGUACUCUGCUGAAGAUGCCUUUAAGAGCCAAGAGUUUGAGUUGCCCAAAGACACUCCACCAGGAAUAUGGACUAUAUCAGCAAACUUGGAAGGACUGGGUCAGUUAUAUAGUCUAGCUCAUACUGUUGCCUUUGAGGUUAGAGAGUAUGUACUGCCAAGGUUUUCAGCGGUGUUUAAGAUUGAUACAGAUGUCAUAACCAUGGACACAACUUGGAUAAGGAUGAAUGUUACUGCCAAAUAUGUCUAUGGACAGCCUGUGGUGGGUAAAGUUGAAAUGCGUCUGGGAACAUGGGAUGAAAAUUCCUCUGUGACAUUGAUACCAAGUGCUUCUUAUCGGGGUGAGCUGAUCAAUGGGGUGUUCAAACGUGAUGUUAAAAGGUCAUCAUUGUUUCCGACCAAUGAGUCAUUUAAUGGAGUUAAAAGACUCUAUGUACAGGUCAAUGUAACAGAAACUGCUACCCAGGAGACAAUUACUAUUGAGGACACUUCUACCUUCGUCUCUCACCCUUAUUAUGAAGUUGACUUCACACCUUCUAAAACUUACUUUAAACCAGGAUUCCCCUACACUGUUCACGUUCAGGUCAAGGCCAGGAGUGGACGUCUUGCCUCCUGGGUGUUAUUAUAUCUGCACCCUAAGUUCUAUGACUCAGAAAAACACCUGUUGAGAGAAUCAAACAACCAUGUGAUUGUCCAGCCUCUAGACAUGUAUGGGAAACUGAGUAUGGAGGUACAAAUACCAUUGAACGCAGACAGAGUCAUUUUUAGUGCUAUAGUAAUGGAUUUUGCAAAAAUCAAAUUCAAUGAAUACAUUCUCAAUGUUUCAAAACUAGCUUCAGAUAUCAAUGAAUAUAUUGUAAUAUCUAUGCCCACACCUAUACAGAAAAUCCAGAGGGGAGAAGUCAUUUUAAAUUAUACUAAGCCCAGAAAUUUACUGGACAAGAUAACAGUGCUGGUUAUAGCCAAAGGCUAUGUUAUCUACACUCUGAAAAAUAUUACUAAAAACAAUAAUGGAAGCAGCACAAUAUAUCUGCCAACCAGUUUGCGUGGUGAUGCAUCUCCCAGCAUGAGAAUAGUUGCUUACUAUUGGACUAUGGGUGAAAUCAUCAUGGAUUCCUUGUUUAUAGAGGCGCCAGUAAAAUACUGUGUGGAAGAGCUGUAUGUGAACAAGGGAGGUUUAUUUAGCACAACUCCUCUGAAACCAAAAGAUAAGCUUAAUAUUGAUUUGAGAGGAGGCAGCAAUAUGAGAGUUGGUUUGGUGGCUGUGGACAAAGCAGUGUUGUUACUGAAUGAUAAGCAGACCCUGACCAGGAAGUUGCUUUUCAAUGAACUGGAGAAACAUGACCAGGGAACACAUAAAAAUAAUGGAACCUUUGAGGAAAUAUUAAAAAGUAAUGGUCUUCAGUACAUAUUUCUAGACACAGUUCAGGUAGAAUCAGAUGAUCCACCACCUAUAGGUACGGUUAAAGAAGAUGGGUUUGAUGAAACAGAUAGCUUCAUUGCAAUGCAGCAAGCUCUACCACCACAAACAGUGCGGAGUUAUUUCCCCGAGUCCUGGAUGUUUGAAGAACAUGUUUUGCCCAAAAGUGGAUUCUUACGCUUAAGUUGGCCACUUCCUGAUUCCAUCACUACCUGGUCAGUGCUAGUUGUUGGAGUCUCUGCCAACCGAGGUGUCUGUGUAUCAGAGCCUGUGGAUCAAAUUGCCAUGAAGAUGUUCUUUGCUGAUGUUCAUGUGCCUUACAAAGCUACCAGGUUGGAGGAGGUGAAGGUCAAGAUAGCUAUCUACAACUUUUAUAACUACACGCUGGCUGUUCAGGGAACUGUCACCAGCGAACCUGGCCUCUGCAUAUCCAGUAACUCCAGCCAAACUUUCAAUUCAGGAACAUCAUUGAAAACCUUGACAUUUUCCAUGAACAUUGCUGCUUUUCAGACAGCCAGUGAGAUUAUCAAGGUUAUUCCCCUUAAAGUUGGGGAGCUAGGUUUGUUAGUCCAUGUUAAGUCUCAGAAGGAUGAAGAUAUUGUUAAGAAGACCCUUCAUGUUGUGUCUGAAGGACUCAGAGUAUUUAAAACUAUUACCUUUGUACUGGAUCCUGAAGCCAAACAUGCAACAUUUCAAGGUCGCACUCAUUUCUCAACUAUCAGAAAUCACAUUGAUAAAAUCAAGAAGCAGCAGUUUACAACUAUAGAUUUGGCAUUGCCUAAAGAUGUCAUCAAAGGAACAGAAUUCUGUGGCAUUUCAGCUUUUGGUGAUUUAAUGGGUGAUAUCAUCACACAUGGUAUAGUCCGCUCCAAAAGUUUUGUUGACCAACCUUUAGUCAAUGCAGAAGAAGUCAUUGGUGAUCUUGGGCCAGCUGUCUUUGCUCUGCAGUAUGUCAAUGACACUAAGUUGCUGACUGAUGAGUUGAAAAACAAAGGGCAACGUUUCUUGUUACAGGGAAUAACUCGUCUGUUGAACUACAGAAAGGAAAAUGCUUUUAGUUUACAUACAGACUCUAGUCCAGCUACCUGGCUGACUGCCUCUGUCGUGAAGAUACUCUGCCAUAUUGAAAAAGCAAACCUGACCUUCAUUGACAAGGAGAAUCUGAUAGACAAUGCUAUUAACUGGAUCAUGAGGCAGCGCAGGGAAGAUGGCUCUUUGAAGGAAGCAGACCCAAGACUUAGCCAGGAAUCACUGCAGUACAAAAUCAUGUUGGCAGCUGAUGUGAUGAUCUCAUUGCUAGAAUGUAAUAAGGAUGAAGAGCAAGAGGCUGCUGAAUUGAUUAUGGGUCUGGUAACAUUUAUUGAAAACAACAUUGACAACAUUAACAACUCCUUAGCACUUGCCAAGGCUGCCUAUGCUAUGAAACUUUUUGAAAUAGACUCUGAGAGUACUGCACAAAUCAUCACCAAGUUAAAGGAGUUUAUGAAGAGAGACAAACUCAGUCGUCUUUAUUGGUCAGAUUCUGUUAUAGAUAAUCCACCUAGGCAACCUAUAUGGUACCAUCAAGGGGCCACAGCUGCUGCAAUUGAAGCUACAUCUUAUGCUCUCCUGGUGUUCCUGGACCAUAGUAUGAUCAAAGAAGAAGCCAUUGCAGACUGGCUGGUGGCACAGAGAAACCCAAGUGGAGCAUUCAUUGGUGCUAUGGAUAGCACUGUAGCCAUUCAAGCUCUCACCAAGUAUAGCCAGAAGAGAUAUGUCCUCUCUGGCAAUGCUGUCUUUCUUCGUGGUAACAUCACAUCUGACAUAACACGUAGCCGCAACCACCUGCAUUCUUUCAAGUUCACUGAGGAAAAUGCCACAAGCCCAGCAUCUGUCAAAAAUGUUCCAGUCGGACAAGUUCUAGAGGUAUUUACUGAAGGUCAAGGUCUGGGUCAGAUGCAUGUGAAUGUAGAAUACAACAUUCCCAUUGAGAAGAACCUUCAGUGCCACUACAAUGUGACUGUUGAGAUCAAGCCAAUACAAUAUAUGCCUUCUUCUGUUAAUACGAGUCCACUUUGCCAGUACUGUAAUAUUGGCUGCCCAGCGAACCUUAGAUCUCGUAAAGAAAUUAGUGACGUGUCUCCCAUCAUUAGGAUUGGUCGUGCCAGAAGUAACCUAAGCAAGAGUAGAGCUGUCAGAAGUAGCAGUCACAGCAAAAAGGUCUACUGUUUCCACGUAUGCUUGAGAUUCAUUCGUACUGAAGGCAAUGUCCCUAUCAAUAUCAAGAUGGACAUGUUGUCUGGAUUUAAACCAGUGGCUUCAGACUUGGAGCUGAUCAAGUCUGGACCCAAUGUUCUACAUGUUGAGUUUCAAGCAGGAACUGAAACACUGGUCAUACAGUUAAGCAAGGUGGACACUGAGAGUCCUUCUUGUUUUGGCUUUAGAGUUGUAGAUGAUGAAGAGGUUGAGAGGAAAGUCCCAGCAGCUUUGAUUAUCCAGCAAGUUGGUCAUCCAGUUCCAUCCUGUACUUUGGAAUAUCAUCUUCCUGACUCUCUAGAGAGUCUCAAAGUAUUCUGUGCUGACUUCUCACACAUCAACAGAGGAGAGUGCAGGUGUUACUCAGGUUUGUGCAGCAAAUGUCGACCAACACACGCCAAUGAACUUGAUCUUGAUAAAACUAAAAAACUUGUCUGCAAAAAAGAAAUAGCCUACCAGCUGCGUCUUGGAGAUGUACAAGACAAAAUUCACUGGAUGGAGAUAGAUGCUAGAGUUUUGUCUCUCAACAAGACUGGUAGCCACAAACUGGAAGCAGGGGACACAAUCAAAAUGAUGUCUCCAAGCUCCUGUUCAUGCUUGGUCAACAAUUACAGAGAUGAAGAUUUCUACAUGCUGUCUAAAGAUGUGGAGAGAUUGGUUGAUAGAAGGGGAGAGACAGUCUAUCGUUAUUUGUUGGAUGAAAAUGCUGAAUUCCUGCAUGUGGAGAAGCCAGGUGUUCCAUCAACAAGCAGUCUGGUCCCUCCUGUACCGUUUCCAUACUUGCAACAAGCACUCAGCAAGGAUAAUGUUUGCAGAGCAUAGGUACUGAAAAGUAUGUCGGCAGAGUUGUUUUUUUUAAAUUGGAAAAAAAGAUAAAGAUAAAAUCAAAAUAUGUUAUAUCACAGAAGUCAUAAAAAGCUUUUGUAUUAUAAUGGGGAUUUUCCUCUUUAAUUUGUUUUAAUUUGAACUUAAAUGUUGAAUUACUUUGAAUGAAAUUGUUUUUUUUAAUGAUCAGUUAUAGUUUAAACUUAAAAGCUGCAUUCCAGGGAAAAAAGUAUUUGACUUUAUUUGUUCAUAAUAAUCUAGUAAUGAAACUCAAAUUUAUCCACACAAAAAAAAAUUGAAAUUCAAAACAUUUGUUAUGGUUAACUAAAAAAUAAUAUUUCAUUAUUAAUGAAAUUUCUAUACAUAGUUAUUUCUACUAAUUCAUUGUUUUCUCUAGACAUGUGUAUUUAUUAAUAAUUGUAAGAUGUUUUUAAUGUAUUACAAGAUUAACCUUAUUUAGUUGAGUUUGUACUCUAAUUUUUUAAUUCUAUAUCUGUUGGAUGGCUGUUAAUUAAAAAAAAAGGUUGUCCCAGUUACAAGUGUCUAUACUUCAUAGAUUAUAGGGUCCAAAUUUUGAAUAUUGCUAUGACUUGUGUAAUACCUCUAUCUCUGUACUUGUGUUUUAACAGUUAAACUUUUCCACUAUUUUUUUUCUUUGGAUUUUAAAACUUGAUCUUCAAAUCAAUAUAUAGAUAGCAACAAAUUCAGUAAUGUAAAAGUGACUAAAUAUAGAUUGUACUGGAAGAUCCAUUUGAUGUAUGUGUGUGUAGAUACAUUUUAUAUUUGUAUGUACCAUUGCACCAGACAUAAAGCUGUGGAGAGUACUGUAAAUAUCCAUGAUGUUUCAAAUUAAUUAAUAAAGAGACUUGUGGUCACACUGACCUAUGUGUAAAUAAAGACAAAAUGUUUUGCUUUUAGCAUUUUUAAACAUUUUCAAAUAAAAUAUUUAUUAUAUUUGA